AUGUUUUCGUUGUUACUUUUAUCGAUAAUCGGUUGCACUUUACUGCAAGUAAAUGCUCUCAACGUAGAAGAUUGUCCUCAAGGACACUAUUGUACUGCUGGUCGAGCAAUCACGCCAAUACCAUGUCCCCCCGGAACAUGGAGCAAUGCUGGUGCAUCUAAAUGUGAAGCUUGUCCAAUAGGAUACUAUUCAACAAAAGGUGGAGCAUCUUAUUGUACUCAAUGUGAACAAGGACAUUUUUGUGAAUCCGCUGAUUUAUCUCCACAACCUUGUCCAUUGGGAUUCUACAAUAACAGAUUGGGACAGAUGGAAUGCACUCCAUGCGCUCCUGGUACUUAUACACCAGCAACAGCUUCAGUACAAUGUACAAUAUGUCCAGCUGGAUCAUCUUGUACUAAUGCUGCUGUAUUGCCAGAAAAAUGUCCACUAGGUCACUACAGUUCUGCUGGUCAAAUAUCAUGUAAAGCAUGUUCUGCUGGUAGUUAUGCAACUGAGAAUGGUUCAGCCAAAUGUAAUAUUUGUCCGGUUGGUAACCAUUGCGCAAAAGCUGAUGAAAAUCCAAAACCAUGUUCUCCUGGAACAUUUAACGAUUUAAAUGGCCAGGUAUCUUGUGCAGCAUGUGCUGAUGGUAAUUACAGUGCCUAUCCAGGUGCUGUGGUAUGUGAUUUAUGUCCAAUCGGUAGUUAUUGUGAUGAAAAAAGUGAAGCACCAAAACCAUGUCCAGCUGGAUCUUUCUGUUUGGAAGGACAAAUAAUGGGCACACCAUGUCCAACUGGUUAUCAGACAACAUUAACAGGGCAAAGUUAUUGCAGAAUCUGUUCACCUGGUCAUUAUUGUCCAAAUCCUGCUGGAAAUCCUAUUCUCUGUCAACCAGGUUUUGCCAAUGAUAAGCAUGGUCGUGUGGAAUGUGACCGGUGUCCGAGUGGAUCAUUUGCUGAUGUCGCUGGUUUAGCUUAUUGUAUCACUUGUCCAGCUGGUUUCGUCUGUACGAAUACUCGAUCGGCACCAGUUGCAUGCCCAUCGAAUGUAGCUAGAGGACAGACAGUAUGUUCCUCGAAAUAA